CGAUCGUGACGAGCCUAGUGUGAAAGUGCUCAAGUACUCCCAGCUCAUCGCUGUGGACGACGUCGACCUCGAACUGCACUGAGUUCGAACACUCAAGUUUCACUGGCUGUCUUACUUUUUCUUGCAUUUUCAAACCCACGUAUUAAUAGUACUUCAUAGUCUCCGUUUUGCUCCCACUAGCUGUCGAUCUCCCAGGCUACUUGUCAGAAUGUCUACCAUCUCUAGUCUCGACACUACCUCAGCACCGGUAGUGACCAGCACUCCAACCCCAUUGUUUAUGUCCACUUUCCCUGGUACUUCUACCGAUACCGCUAGCAGUAGUACAGCGACCUCAACCAACAGCGCUGAACCCAGCUUGACCUCGAGUGCUGCCUUGUACCUUUACACCUUUCUUGCUACCCUCGUCCUUCUCCUUGCUGUUUCAUCGGCCAUCGUUGUUCGCAGCCUCGUCCUUCGACGACGCCAUCAACGCAUCGUAGAGGAAGCAAUCCGAGCAGGGACAUGGCUCCCUCAUCAGCCAUAUGAUCCCCGUGGAAGUCGCAGACGAAGAGAAAUUGGAAAGAAACCAAAGUUGUGGGAGGCAUGGCUUCGCAGUGGUGACUACAGUGGCGCUGACGGCAAAUGCACCUGGGAUGACAUAAUGCCCGUCUAUGCCGCUCACGUUAAAUCUGCUCCACCUUCACAAUUUCCGAGGCCAGAGUCAGUUCAAACCCGAUCUGACUCCCAGUCUCGCUCGAUGCGGUUCCUGCGACCUUUUCAUACACGAUUUUCAACAGCAGCAGCAGCAGCGCCGUCAUCUCCGAUUGUCGCCUCUACGCCUGUAUCUUCAUCUCCGUCAAGGUCGGCAUCACCUGCCGUAAAUGUCGCUGUCCUCAUUGCUAUGCCCACUCCACAUCACACACGGGAGGUGGACGGACCACCUGUCGUUGAGCUUGGUGUCGUUGAUGUUUCUCUACGAGACAUGAGCCCAAGCGGCGAACAGUCAUGACAGCCAGUUGCAAGUCACACUGGUUCCGGGGGACGAGGUUAUGGAUGUAUACUUAUUGUUUCAAACGCAUGCUACGUCAAAAAUGUCGAAUAUUUCUUAUGUACUAAUCGCUACUUCUUCGCCAUCACUUACGUAGGCGUUCUUCCUAACAUAGCUUUCUUGAUCAAAGUAGCGCCCGAACUUCGAAGGCUUUCUUUCUGGGAUGUUCGUCCUCGCACGCUGCCAGCAGGCGAACGCUCUGGACAAGAAUUAGGAAAUUCCAAGAUCCAAACAAUCAUCUUCUGAACAAGUACUGGAUGCUCGUCGUUACCUUAUCAAAGCACGUACAUGCUUCUGAUCCUAUCAGUUUUGAUGAGUCUUCAAAAAUGCA